UGGGUUCGUUCAGAGCAGCAUGACGGCUGAAGCUGUGGUCACCGUCCGCCUGGUGAGGUCCUUCGAGCACAGGAACUUCAAGCCGGUUGUGUUUCACGGUGUCCGCUUGGAGCAGACCGUACAGGACUUCAUGCAGCUCGUCAAAGACGAUAUUGCAACAAGGCCAGGAUUUCCACCUCCUUUCAGGAAAUAUGGUUAUGACACGAUGAAGAUUAUCCAUCAGGCUCAUGGAGCAAAGACAAACGAGUUGGUGAUGAGUUUAGAUGAUGAUGAAACUCUGGUUCUACAUGAAGGCCAAACCCUCAGAGCUGCUGGUGUUGGUAAGAUUUGCAUUGCUGAGUGUUUGCUGUUUGGUCCAAAGUAACACAUCGCUGUAUUCACUCUACAUUUUUUCAUGAAUGUGGUAAUGUAACAACUUACUGUUUUAAAUUCAUGCGUUACGCUGCUGACACAUCAACGCUUUAUAAGCCUGUCCAAAACAAACAUGCUAACAUGAAGCAAAGAACACAGAGUGACACGAAAGCUAAACCUGUGUUGUCCUCAGCACAGCAGCCAGAGCCUGAUUAUAACAGGCAACAAAAUCAGUAACAAUGUCUGUCUGAGAGAGAGAGAGAUUAUUUUCAAUCAUAAAUCUAAUUUGUCAAAAUGAGCCUGAUUUGCAUCAGCACAGCCAUCACCAGCCAACCAAUGUAACUCUUUGAGUAACAUCCCAGCUAACAGCUGUGAGCUGUGUUGACCAGUAACGUUAGAAUUGCACAAGCUGUUUUUGCCCUGUUCUUAUUUCCCAUUUUCCUCGAAAAUAUAAAGAAAUAAGGCGACUGA